GUGUUCGAGUUUAGAAACAGAAACAGCGUUUGGUUGGAUGAUAUAAACAAAAAGGUUGACUGCUCACUUAUUCAUAAAGUAGAAGCUGAUGAUGGCAGAGAGCUCAUAGGGUUGAAACCAAAUCACAUAGAAUACCACUGUGAAGCAGGUAGCUUCUGCUCUCUAGCUUGUAAAACGGAGAACGUGAUGAAUCAGUUUGGUACACUUUAA